GCUACUUACUUUUCCUUUGGAUUAAACAUAUGAAGGCUCUGCGUCCAGUUAUGAUAACUAAGGUCGUUUGCCCAGUCGGCUAGACUUGAGUGCAUGUAAGGCCAAGGUUGCUGGUUCGAAACAGGAGAACACAGUAUUUUUUUUUCUUGUUAAUAUUAUAUACGCUCUUUGACUCACAGGUGUGACCCAAUCACUGCCACGUGGGCAAAGUAUAGAUGUACAAAGCCAUGUCAGCGCCGCGCGCGUAUACGAGCGAGAUUUGCACCGUAUGUGCACGCGCCAACCAAGUUUUAGCACCCGUUCAAUGUAUGCCGCAAGUUUUAGCACUAAAGUGAUUUUUCAUGUCAAGUUUAAGUACCGGUGGUGUAAUUGACUCAUUACUUUGCAUUUCAUAACUGAAUCCAUAGGCUCAAAGCUGGCUUUUUUAUCGAAUCAUGCACAGAGCUGCAUGCGAUAAUUAGAUAGGAGUAGAAAGAAAAGUCCACGCCAGGUCUAUAUACGGCCACAUUCGUCAUAACCAAACGCGUGCAUAAUCAGAGUUUAAACAGUCAGAUUUGUCUGUCUCCUGACUCUCGUCUCGCCAUUCGCCAAUGGCUCGCCUACCACCACACUUGCUCGUCCUCCUCUUCCUCGCCGUCCAUGUCUUCGUCGCCUGCCAUGGCUCCCCUCUUCCGCCAUCUAGUGCCUACAAUGAUUCUGUGUGCUGGGAGUCGUUCAGGUGUGGCGGCGUUGACAUAAGAUAUCCAUUCUAUCUGUCAAACGCGACUCAAGCAACACCCGAUUACACAUCCCAGUACGCAUGCGGGUACACCGAUUUGAAGAUCUUCUGCCAAGGCGAGGGGGCAACCGCGAUCCCAAUCCUUCAGCUCGGCCAAGACGCGUUACACAACUACACCGUUCGGAACAUCAUCUACGAAAAUCACGCCAUCAUUCUCAGGGACACUGAAGCCCUCAUUAGCGGCGGCAAGUGCCCCACGGUCGCCCACAACGUGACAUUCGACAGGGAGUGGCUGAACUACACCGAGUCCUUGGAGGAGCUCACCUUCUUCUUCGGCUGCCACUCCCCGGAGAGCGAUCACCCGGCUCCGCUAGAGAAGUUCGAGAUCGACUGCAAAGGGUUCAAUCCGCCUCCAGGCAGUGGAGACGGUGUUUCCUUCGUCUUCACCUCCGAGGAAGGCAACGUUUCUCGGGAGCACGAACUGGUUGAGUACUGCAGGCAGAAGGUCAUCGCGCCGGUACUCCAGGAAUAUGCUCUGAGAAGUGAUCCGCCCGUGUUGUUGCCGAAGGAUUACGGUGCCGUGCUUGGGCAGGGCUUCGAGUUGGAAUGGAAGCAGAGCAAGGAUCAGCAAUGCGACCUGUGCGAGAAAUCUUAUGAACGCUGCGCCUACAGCGAGAAGAAGGAAUUCCUUGCUUGCUUGUGCUCCGGCGGGUACUGCGGCAGCAGCAGCGGCGCCACCACUGCGUAUCCGAAUCCAAACCCUCCAUCAGGUCGUCAAUACUCGAAGAAAAGAAUGACAAUAUAUACAAUAGCAGGCAGCUCAAUGUGCCUACUCUUCUUUGCAUUCUGGUUGGGCUACAAGAAGUACAAAUCCAAAGGGAAAUCAAAGGAGACAGCAAGGAUUGAGUCCUUCCUACAAAAGAAUGGAACGGUCCAUCCGAAAAGGUACACUUAUGCACAAGUGAAAAGAAUGACGAGAUCUUUUGCUGAAAAGCUAGGUCAAGGUGGAUUUGGUGCUGUUUACAGAGGCGACCUCUCUGAUGGUCAUCAGAUAGCAGUCAAGAUGCUAAAGGACUUCAAGACUGAUGGCGAGGAUUUCAUCAAUGAGUUAGCUAGCAUUAGCAGAACUUCUCAUGUCAACGUUGUUACUCUCUUAGGAUUUUGCUUGGAAGGAUCCAAAAGGGCACUAAUUUAUGACUACAUGCCUAAUGGUUCGCUUGAAAGGUAUGCUUUCAAAGAUGGCUCUCAAGGUGGAAAUACUUUAGGUUGGGAGAAAUUAUUUGAAAUAGCAGUGGGAAUCGCUCGAGGACUCGAAUAUCUGCACAGAGGAUGCAAUACUCGCAUUGUGCAUUUUGAUAUCAAGCCCCACAACAUUCUGUUGGAUCAAAACUUCUGUCCAAAGAUCUCUGAUUUUGGACUGGCCAAGCUGUGCCUCAAUAAAGAAAGUGUCAUUUCCAUUGGUGGUGCAAGAGGAACAAUCGGCUAUAUUGCCCCGGAGGUUUAUUCGAAGCAAUUUGGAGCAGUAAGUAGCAAGUCUGAUGUGUACAGCUAUGGAAUGAUGGUUCUUGAGAUGGUUGGGGCAAGGGACAAGAAUAUCAGUCCAAAUACUGAAUCUAGCAGCCAAUAUUUCCCGCAAUGGAUUUAUGAACACUUGGACGAAUAUUGUAUUAGUGCUUCUGAGAUUAAUGGAGAGAUCACCGAGGUUGUAAGGAAGAUGAUAGUGGUUGGGCUGUGGUGCAUUCAGUUAAGUUCUGCAGAUCGUCCAACAAUGACUAAAGUCGUCGAGAUGCUUGAGGGGAGCACAACCGGCCUUGAAUUGCCACCAAAAGUGCUCUUGAGUUGAUAGGGUUUAUAUUGUUCUCGCACACUUGAUCCAGUGUUGCAUAAUCUGUAAAACAGUUUGAAUACUUCAUAUGUCCGCUGCGAUUGGGACAAACAGAGCAGCUUCCAUA